AUGCCCCUAGGCAUCCUUGAAGACACCAAACUCGACCACGUCCCUGGGACCGCUCCCCUCAACGAGCUGGAGCUCGGCAGCGAGGACGUCGGUGUCUCUGGCGUCGACCCCAGCUUGCUCAAACACGACUCAUCCGGCCGCUUCGUGCUCGUCCCCCAGCCAUCAGACUCGCCCAAUGAUCCGUACAACUGGCCUAGAUGGAAGAAGGAGAUGUUCACGGUGGCGUUUGCGUGGGGAUGUGGAUGUGUGGGGGCAAUCGGCCCCCUCCUCGGCGCAGCCUUCGUCCAACUCGCCGAGCUGUUCAACGUCGAACUGACGACGUUCGUCUCCGGUCUGCAGGGCGGCAUGAUCGCCAGCAUCGCCGUCGGCAGCGUCGUGUUCAACUCGCUGGCCGUCAAGUACGGCAAACGGCCCAUCUACCUGGCGACGACGCUGGGGCUGAUGGCGUCUGCGUUCUGGGGCGCUGAGGCAAAGAGUUUUCCGUCGCUGGUGGCGUCUAGAGCGCUGGCGGGGUUGUGUUCGUGCAUGAACGUGGCUUUUGAACAGCCAUUUUCAACCUGGGCGUAUUGGGUGGAAUCAACCUUGCGACUCCAAUCGGUUACGAUGGAUGGAAAACCAACUCUCGAACACGUCGAACGCGCCGGUGACAAAGAGACUGGUGCUACAGCUACAGCUUCAGCUUCUACAGCUUCUUCCUCCCGACCCAGUUCCACUGACAAACCAAUCUCCUACGCCAGACAGCUCCUCCCCUACAGCGGCUACGUCAACGACGUCUCGUUCUGGAACACCCUCGUCCGGCCAUUCUACCUGCUUGGCUCCCCGGCCGUCGUCUGGGCGACCAUCAUCUUCACCACCGACAUCUCCUGGCUCGUCGGGAUUUCCGUCACCCUGUCGCAGAUCUUCUCCGCGCCGCCGUACAACUUCUCCAUCGGCGCGGUGGGCGCGACCAACAUGUCGUCGUUUGUCGCGUCGGUCAUAGGGACGCUGGUCGCCGGGCCGCUGAUCGACGGCGUGGUGACGAGGAUGUCCAAGAGGAACAAUGGGAUAUUCGAACCAGAAUUCCGCCUCCCCAUCCUACUGACCAACCUCCUCUUCACGGCAACCGGCUUCUUCGCCUGGGGCCAGUCCGCCUACGCGCUGGACCCCUGGCCCGUCCCCGUCAUCGUCUGCCUGGGACUGAUCAACCUGGGGGUGCAGCUGGCGACGACAGGCGUGGUGGCGUACGUGGUGGACUGCCACCGCGAAAAAGCCGGCGAGGCGUUUGCGACGAUGAACUGCCUCAAGAACCUGUUCGCGUUUGGGCUGACGUUCUACAUGAACGGGUGGCUUGCGAGCCAGGGGGUGAGGAAGACGUUUUUUACCAUUGGGGGGAUUACAGUCGCUGUUACAUUGCUGACUGUGCCGAUGUACAUCUACGGCAAACGCUCCCGGAGCUGGGUCCAUCGUCACAAUAUCACUAAUCGGAUAUAG